AACACUGGAAGGGAUAUUCCAUAUCUGCGCCGGCGCCUAUGUAUUAUCCCCCGGGGUGUUAUCCUCUAUUUAUUAGAAGCAUGGAGUUCAUCAAAUCAGAUUUACUGAAUUUUAUCAAUUUAUUGAUUGAGAUAUCGACACCGAUUUUUAUCGAUUGACUAUUCCGGGAGUAACGAGUGACGAGCCCUUUUCACUGAGAGCGUAUCCGUGGGAGGCUAACAUAGGUUUAACUACAAUUUGCCAUGCCAAGAUUCCUUCAUGCUUACAAGCUAAAUGAAACAAGGGUUCUUUAUUCAUUGGAGAGUGCUUGUUUACCUUAGAGGAAAUCACUAAACACAAUUUAACAGACAUGCCCUGAAACAGGCUAUUUAGAGUGGUAAGACAACACCUGACUUGACCUUUGUGUGACAGAAAUUUGGUAACUGAACACUACAUUCCUGUGAAUACUAAAAGUUGGCAGACGUACUGAAACACGAACCAAAAGUAACCUACAUUGCAUGAAGAAAAAUUAAGAAAUUGUGAACCUGGCCACAUUGGUUGCUCAAAAUGCGCUUUUUAUCUGCAGCUUGUUUUAUCGCAACCUUGUUCGUUCUGAUCGCUAAACACGGCGCCGAAUCUGGAGCGUGUGGGGAGACGGAUGUCUGUACAGCCAUUAAGACUUUGGAAGCGAAGUUGCAAAAGCUUAUCGCGUUGGUUACCCCGCCAGCUGUUCCUGCUUCUUCCUGUAAGGAAUUGUAUGACAAACACAGCUUGCGAGUAAAUAAAGCCUACGUGCUGCAGACUGACAGUGGAAAGAUCCCUGUGUAUUGCCACAUGACUAGUCACGACCUUGGCGCAUGCGGAGGAGGAGGAUGGACACUGGUCAUGAAAAAUGAUGGCCAUAAGGUAUAGCUGGUUUUCAC